CCAUCUCUACUCAGACAAGGAAGCAGGUGCUGUUUGAUAGUUUUUCUAUUUGGUCUUUUCCUGGUUGGGUGCUGGGCUAGACCUGCUCACUCACAGUUCUGCUUUAUUUGUUUCAGGUAGACAGCCAAGUUCACUGGACUGGUGGUGCAAGUGGAGGGUGAAUAGGAAUCAUUGCAAAGGACUGCUGCCCUUCCACGGCAGUGAGAGAAAGGGAUUCCUAUGAAGGAGAACUCCUGAAUCUCCUUGCAGUCUUCACUUGGAACCUGUGGUGUCCACUUGCAUGCUAGGAUGUCUCCGAAAAACUUCACACAGCCAGACUAUCACCCUCUGCCCUCUGUCCCAAGUGAUGGCCUGCAGGGCUUAUUCAAUAUGGUACACUCUUUCCUGGACCUGGUGCAGCCCAAUGAAUUCCCAGCGGAUUUUCUGACUCGUCUAAUCAAGCAUGAGGUUAACAUCAAUUCAUCACAGGGAUAUAAAGAGGUCCUCACAUAUGAAACCGGCUACCUAGUUUGCCUUGUCAUCGGCCUUCUCUUCAUCAUCCUUAUGCCACUGGUGGGCUUCUGCUUCUGUUGCUGUCGCUGCUGUGGACAUUGCGGGGGUUUCAUGUACCAGAAGCAGACAAAGAACAUGGACUGCAAGAGGAAGACAUUGUUUGCAUCUUUACUUGGGGUUACUAUGAUACUUUCGGCUGGAGUGAUCUGUGCUCUCAUCAGCAACCAGCGUAUAACCCAGACUGUGCGCAGAGGCUUCAGUACUUUGAACGAUACAAGGGACAACCUGCAUCUCUACCUGAAUUCUAUCCCCCAGGAGAUUGAUGACAUCAUCAGCUCCAUCUCAGUACCAAUUAAUAAAGUCAAUAACAGUUUGAUGGAUAUUGGGGACCAUUUGGGCGAGAAGAUCAAGGCUCAGCUGGGUGGGCAAGCAUACAGUGCACUGAACUCAACGGAGCAGCUUCUUAGAGUGAUAAGUUCUGUGAAACAGGAACUCCAUACUGUCAAUCAGUCAGCCCAUCAACUGCAGUACCUGCAGAAAGAGUUGGAGAAAAAGCUGAGCACAGUGAGAGAUAAUAUCAACAAAACCUUGAAAGACUGUGGAGAGCCUUGCCAAAAAGUGUCAGUGAACAACCUGAAGCCUGGGGCCAAUCUCAGCACGAUUCCUGAUGUCGAAGAACCACUUCAUCUGAUAGAGAACAUGAGCAUCUCAGACCUGAAUGCCACUAUUAUGAAGGCAAGGAAGACCCUGGAUGAUAUACCAGAGAAGGUCUCCAACCAAACACAAAGGAUAGUGACUGAGGCACAGGAUAAACUACAAGAUGUCAAAAAACAGACUAAUGACAUCCAUACCGUAUUUCCCAUACGGAGCUCAUUGGAGAAUAUUUCCGAGUUCAUGGAUGACAUCGUUAAGAAGGCAGAUUCCUAUGAGCCAGCUGUUGCAACCUAUGAUGGCUACAGGUGGAUUGUUGGCAUCUGUUUCUGCUGUCUGGUGCUUUUGAUCAUUCUGUGCAACCUGUUGGGCCUGUUGUUUGGAGCUUGUGGGCUGGAUCCAAAGAAGAUGCCUAUCAGUCGGGGCUGCCUCUCCAAUUCUGGUGGAAACUUCCUCAUGGCGAGUGCUGGGUUCAGCUUCCUCUUUGCAUGGCUGCUGAUGUUGCUGGUUGGACUGAUGUUUUUUGUGGGGGGCAAUACCUACACACUGGUGUGCCGGCCCUGGGCCAAUGGACAUCUCUUGGAGUUCCUGAGCACACCAGGUGUGAUCCCCCAGUUUAACCUAACAAGGAUUUUGCAGCUGAAGAAUUCCAGUGUCACCCUGUCUAGCUUGUACAAGAGCUGUGAAAAAAAUGCCUCCUUAUGGAGCACUCUUCAGAUGGAUGAUUUCGUUUCUCUGGAUAAGAUCCUCAACAUCAGUGAGUACACAGGUGAUAUUAAUUCAACCUUGGAGAAAAUAAAUAUCAGUGUGAGCUUUACUGAAGUCUUGAAUGAGGAUCAGAAAAAGUCCAUACAGGACCUGAGCAAGAAGGAUGGACCACUGCAUCUGAACUUUACUCCUGUUGAGGAACAGAUGAAGCAGGACAUAAUAAAACAAGACCUGUCUGCCUUGGCAAAUGAGCUAAGGAAUCUGUCAACUAAAACGGAAAAUAAAACCAGUACGCAGCUGCAAAAGCAAGCUGAGGAGCUGAACAAGAUCGAGACGUGGGUGAAUGACAGUUUCCCUAAAGAAAUUGAAGUCCUGAGUAGCAGCAUCCAGAAGUUGCAAAACAAGUCAUCGCAGAUCCCGGAGCUGGCGAACUCCACAUUGACGCAAAUUGAAGAUGCUGAAAAGUUUCUGAAUCUGCGGACCAAGGAAGUUAUCACCAAUGAGACAUCAGUUUUUGUGCACUCUAUGGUUGGCUUCUUUCAGACCUAUUUGGACUGGGCCAAGAAAAUUAUAAAAGGGCAGGUGGGUCGCUGUGGUCCUGCAGCCUGGGCAGUGGAUAGCGUGAACAUCAUUUUCUGCAGCUACAUGGUUAAUUUUGUGAACGCCUUCUGGUUCAGUCUGGGUUGGUGCACUGUCUUUCUGCUGCCGAGCAUCAUCAUUGCCGUGCGGCUUGCAAAGUUUUACCGCCGAAUGUUCAUGGACGACUUCUACGAGGAAGAAGUUACAGAAUCCAUGGAACUAUCAAGACAAAGUAUGUUCAGGAUGCCCCGGGCAGAACUGAGGAAGUAACACCUCUUUUCUCAGUUCCCUGUCUCUGAAGAGCAGCAAGAAUGACUACAGAACUCCUGGGACUCUCAUGCCAGAGUGGAGCAUGCGGGUCACUGUCCUCAGCAAACUCUGCCUGGCUGAGAUGGAAGUGCAGGUUUUCCCCUCCUAAAGGACAGUCAGGGGUGAUGGCCCUCACAGCAAGUCCUGUUGCAGCAGUCGUCCAGGUCCCGAUACAGAAAAGGGCAGUCGCAUCCGUGUUCCCAAGAUGAAGGCUCACAUACGUAUGCUCUGAGCAUCCCUCACCUACCGAGCGACUAGCCUUGCUGUUAGUGCACCCUGUCCUUUCUGCUAUUGGGACUGCAACUCCUUGUCCUCUGGGGAGCCUACCUGCCCACUCUCUGCCCUCUCUGACUUGAGCAUGUGGCAGAGUUGUUUCCCUGAGUUUGCUGACUUUGGUUUCUCACUGUCCAUAGUAGUGCCAGUACCUUAUCAGAAGAAUUGAAAUCAUGCUAUUUUUUUCCUACAGAAGAAUACUGGGUUAAGGAAUGUCUUCCUAGAUUGUGAUGAAUCCAGAAUUUUGUGUGUGAAGUUGAGAUGACUGACACUGGCUUAUUUGAUAUUUAUGGGUUUUACAGGUAGCAUGUCAUGUGGCCAACCUGGUCAUUUUACCUCUAAUGCAAGGAGGAGAAUAUAUUUUCAUUGGCCUUUCGGGAUAAGUUUAAAUUUAGAAAGCAAGAGUACAUAUGCAGUAUUCUUAAGAGUUAAAAUAUAAAUAAUGUGCAUUAAACAAAGUUGCAUGCACACUUUUGCUUAAAAAUGUAAGCAGUGCUUUCUGGAUCAGAUUAAGGUUCAGGUAGCCCUGCAUUCUUGGUGAGAAUCCCAGAAAGUGCUAGGUUGCCCACUCUCUGCCCAUUCCUGCUCCCAAGACAAGUGCUGCAAAGAAAGGAACAAGGGCAAACCUCGAGUGAAAACUGUAUAGUUCCGUGUGUGCCUAGACAGCAUACAGUUUGUCCCUACUGUAGCCAUAUGCACUUUUUACUCUCAAGUCUUUCAUUUGCAGCCUUUUGCAAUUUAUAUUUUAUUCAAAUUAUAUUGAAUUUAUGCAAAUGCACUGUGCCAAAAAUUUAGUCCUCUUAAAUGGUAGGGAAAACUUUAAUGGAAUUAGGAACUUGUGGCUUUCCACAUAUUCUGGCCAUGACCCAUUAGGUAUUAAUGCCUAGGCUGGUGGUCGUGGUCCUUCAGGUAUUUGGACCUAUGCAUCAUCUACCUGUUCUUAGAGCAACAGGUGAAAAACAUGUGCCUCUUUACAAGUGUUCAGUAAGAAAACCAAGAAACAUCAGAACAAGUGCCAGGCCCUGGAAAGUACUGCACCCACCCCCCUGCACACCAAUCAGUCGAUUGUGGAAUGACAGCCAGAAUGUACUGUUAGAAUAAUUUUUAUAUUGGAGUAUCAGAGAUCAGGAGUGAAGAAUACAGUACAUAUUUCUUUUAAAAUGAGUCUUUGUUCUUUCAGUAAUGUAUUUUUCUGCAUAUAUAGAGGGAAAAAGCCUCUAUAAACCCCUUUCCUGUUUCCAAUAAACUUCAAAUCAGAUUCCUA